AUGGAGAAGCCAAGCCAUGUCGACCUAUCUGCAUCUCAGGCCUCUCUACCAAGGCCGGCAGAUGAUGAAAGUGAACAGGGCAAGGAGAAAGAGAGAACUGAUAGAAGUACUGGGUCGGCCACUGGAGGUCCUGCUAUAGCGGCUGCAUCAUCCAAGGGACCAACACUGACGCUUGACCCAUCACUGUUCAAGUUGUCCAAGGAAGAGAGAGAAUUGGCUUUGGAAAUCAAAGAAUCCAUCGAAUCCCUCCCCGACCUUGACAUCUUAUCUGACUUUAUGUAUGCGAACAUGGCUCUAGUUGGGGGUGUGGAAGAAGCAGUGGAAAAGGCCUACCUCAUGCAAGAAGUUCGGGAAGAGUACAAGAUUCAAUUAACCUAUGAAGAUGGUGUUCGAAGUAUUCGGGACAUGAUCAAACUGCUCCCACUAACGUUCAUGUCCUACUCCUUUGAUCUGAAGCAGGAUAGGUCUGUGAUGGUCCUAGAUUGCACAAAGUUCCGCCAAACCAUCUGGAGAGACCCCAAGAAUAUGGAAAUUAUCCUCCGAGGCGCCUUCUAUGUGAGUUAUGCAACCUUUCCCAGUUUGGGGAUUGUGAGAGCGGGGAAAACAGACAUUUUUGAAUGUGAGGGUUUCCGGUUGGGCAUAGGAAUGGUGGAUGUCAAGAUUGGGGGACAGAUCACUUGCCAGACAAUUGGAGCAUUCCCAGCCAAUGUCACUACAAAGUUCUAUAAUACUUCCUCCAUGGCAAAUGUUAUCAGUGCCAUGACUAAAAAAUUGAUUCCCAAGGAAAUCGGAUCCAAAUGGGAGUUUGGGUGUCGAUUGCCAGGAGGAGGAAGAUUGGACAAGUUAUACCUGCAGCCAACCCCAGAAGUUGCUACCGAGAGAGUCUUGUCCAACUUCUGUAAGGGCCUUAAAAUCCGCAUGGAGAGUGAAAAGAUUUUCCAAUUGGAAGAGGAAUGA